AGGAAAAUCUUGCCACGCCUCUCUGUUGAGGAAUGCUAAUUAACCAUGGCUUCCCAUUCCUCCUCUUCUUCCAUUUUAGAUUCUAUUUUAGUUUUAGACCAAGAGCCAGAGACUGUGUCGAUUGUUAAAGAAUGGCAGCUGAGCAGAGAAGCGAGGACAUACAUGAACGGCCUAGUAAAGAGAAAGAAAAGAGUCCAGUUUGGUCUACUGGAACACCCAAGCUUUGUAUCCCCCAUACUCAGAAAAGCCCCAGUACAUACAGCAAAGAUAUUCCUCUAUGGUAAAGGAGGAGUUGGUAAGACUAGUACUGUUUGUAAACUGGCCGGUUUACCCGUACCCAGCUCACAUCACGAGACAUUAGGGAUACAGACCACUCUCGUAUAUUGGCCCAUUAAAACUGAGCCUUCCGACUCCUCUCCAGUCGAACUAAUGCAGCUGGAGUUGUGGGACUCUGGGGAGAGAGCGAUGAGAAAAUUUGAGCAUAUCUUUCCAUCGUGUCUGAGCUCAACAAACGCCAUUGCUUUUUUCUUCUCAUACAACGAUCGACAGUCGUGGGUGGAGCUACCUGAGAUCAUAACGCAAGCAGCUGCAACCAAUCGGACUGAGUCGCACCUUAAGAUCGUCAUAGCGACCAAGAGCGAUACCCCCCAUCAGGUGGUAGAGCCCGAGGAAGUUGAGAGGUUUCAGAAAGAAUACGAUAUUAAAGUACUCUCGUUAUCAAAUACUUUAGUUAAUAGUGACGGCAGGUUUGAUGGACAAAGAGAGUUGAGUGACAUUUGUAAUGUGCUCAAUGAAUUAUCCGAAAUGAUUAUUAAUCAUGAGAAGCGGCUGUCAUUGUUACAACAGCAGCAAACUGUCAGGAAACAGCUACAGGAUAUUGAGAUAUCUGAUAUUUGAGCUCUCUCUCUCUCUCCCUCUCUCUCUUUGCUUUUCAUUUUUAUAUCUUCACCAUAUAAAAAUUUCUUUCAUUUUAUAUCUUUUUUAUAUGUCACCUUCCUCAAUCUCUUUUUAUAUGCUCACUUCUGUCUUUAUUUUAUAAGCAAUGUUUAGUUAUACCUUUAA